AUGGUGUCUGAGGCGCAGAAGGGGCUGUUGCAGUUCCAAAAGAGUCUCAUAUCGACCGCAAAGGACCCCAUACCACUCAAGGAGCUCUUGGGCAGAUUACAAGUCCUUCAGGAGGAAUUGGCCACUUUGGACCAGGAUUCCGUUGAUUUGAAUUCGAUCGAAAACGUCAAGAAUGAACUUGUAAACAAGAAAUUGUUGAAGCACGCGAAUGUAGGAGUACAGGCAUAUACGUGUUGUGCAAUUUCCGACGUUCUACGUGUAUAUGCGCCGGAUGCGCCGUUCACAGCAGGCGAAUUAAGCUUGAUUUUCAAAACAUUUCUCACUCAAAUCGCCCAACUUUCUCACCAGGAGAACCCAUAUUUCCAGCAACAAUCCUACUUGCUUAAACGGCUCGCGGAAGUUCGUUCCAUCAUACUUAUCACCGACUUACCAGACGCAUCGCAGCUCAUCGAAUCCACGUUUGAAACGUUCUAUUCGGUGGCAUCCACCAAUUUUCCCGCGCGUCUCGAGCCGUUGGCAGCUGAUAUCUUGGCUGAAGUAAUCGCUGAAACCGACCAAAUUACCCACCCAGUCCUAAAAAUGAUCUUGAACAAGUUCUUGACCAGUGCUCCAGAUUCCACCGCCCUUACAUCCUCCAAAUCUAAUAUCAGAAACCCAGCUUUCACCUUCUCAUUACACAUCUGCGAACAGAACGUCGACAGGCUCUCGCGUCAGGUUGUUCAGUUCUUCUCUGAGAUUCUUGCGGACGCUGUUCCCGACGGUGCCAACGACAAAGACCGCACAUCUGCAUUAGAAAGCUUGAGGAAAAUCCACACGUUGACGGUUCAGGUGUGGAAGUUUGUGCCUGAGCUUUUGACUGCUGUCAUUGGACUCAUAGACGAUGAAUUGAACGCCGAUGAUCCUCGGCUCCGCACCAUGGCGACUGAAACCAUUGGCCAAAUGGUGGCCGCUUCUGGUCUGACGCAGAAACUGAACUUUUCAAUCGCUCACAAACUUACCUGGCAACUCUGGCUCAAAAAGACAUUGGAUGUGUCUCUGCAAGUUCGCUGCAAAUGGCUCGAACUGAUCCCCAAUAUCGUCAAUGCUAGUUGUACUUCUGAGAUGGCCACCGAGCUUUCUAAUGGUGUCACAAAGUGCCUUCUCGAUACCGAUGAUCGAGUACGUUUGACUGCUUGCAAAUGCCUUUCUAGCAUAUCGUUCGAAGUAUUCACGGCUACCAUUGGGUCGACCAACAUAAUGAACACUCUCUUACUCUUGAUACGAGAGAGCCAUUCAGAAGUCAGAGAGCAGUCUCUCAGGAUACUAGGAAACUACUACAACCUGUAUUAUAUUCUGAUCUCAAAGAAUGAUGCCAUUGAUUACGGUAUGCACGCUGAAGAGGAAAGUACUGAAUUGUCUGAAAUCAUCGUCAAAGAAAUUCCAAACCAUGUCCUUUCCUUGAUUUACAUCAACGACAAAUCCAUUAAUGCUGCUGUCGACCUUUGUUUAUUCGAAAAGUUCAUUCCUUUCGAAACUAACACCCUGAAAAGAGUCCAGAGAAUCAUCCAGCUUGUGUCCGUAUUAAAUGAAAAGAGCCAAAAAGCAUUUUUCGCAAUUACUAGGCGACAGCAACAGGUUGCAGGUGUCGUCUCAAAGCUUCUAGAUGUGGCCGAUAACAAGAAAAGCAAAUUGGAAGCCCGAGAUGAGGACGAUAAAGAGAAUAACCCGGAACAACAAGGGAAGCAGCUCGAAAAAGUGAUCAACUGGAUCUGCGCUUCAUUUCCCGAAGGUUUGGAUACUUAUUCCUGUCUUGAAAGACUUGCACUUUUACACAAUCGUCGGUUUUUCAACCUCAUGACUGUUUGCAUCUCGCCAGAAUCAGACUACUCUUCCAUCAGAAACUCCAUGAAAGAGUUCCUCAACAAACUUUCGAACCCUAAAAACAUCAAGCUUGAUUAUGAGAAGCUGGUGGUCUCGGCAACUGACAUGGUGACAAAUCUCAAGCUUUUGUUGUACCGUGCGUCUCCUCUCAUUCACAACGUGUCCAACGUUAAUGAGUUGAUAACGUACGCAAAAAGUGGAAACGGGCCUUAUCAUGAAACCGCAACAACGAUUUUGCAGGAUGUUUCUUCUGCACUUCCCCGAAGUACUCAAGUCUAG